UUUAUUGGUAUGAGUUCCACAGAGCCAAGAAAAAAGUUGCAAACCUUGAACAGUACUGCUCCAUCUUCCGUAACAGGGGUUAAGGGGUUCUAUUUUUCUUGGGAAAGCUGCAGAAAAAGAAAAGCUUUGUGAUUAUUCUGUACCUUCUUUGUACUUUGGCUGUUUCAAUUUGAUUCUAAAUGCUCAUAGUGUGGUAGGAGGGUUCAAUCUAGCGUGCAUCCUUUUUGUUGUAGUGAAAAAAAAAUAAUCUACGGUACUAUUUGUCUGUUAAAGCCUUUACUUUCAACACAAGUUGGUUUACAUAAAAGGAACAAAACUGGAUUGGGUUUCUUGCUGUAGUAUUAUAAUUGGGUGUUGUUCAGUACAGCAAGAACUAACUCCUCCAUCACUGUUUAUAUAAGAAACUGCUUUCUAAUUGUUGGGUGAAAUCAUAUCAUUCUUAACAAACCCUUGAUCUAGAGGGAGAUUUGAUUGAACUUGAACAUGGGUUAUAUGUGUGAUUAUUGCGGGGAACAAAGAUCAAUGGUGUAUUGUCGUUCUGAUGCAGCCUGUUUAUGCUUGUCCUGUGAUCGCAAUGUGCAUUCCGCAAAUGCACUUUCACGCCGCCAUUCCAGGACACUUCUGUGUGAAAGGUGCAACUUACAGCCCUCAUUUGUUAGAUGUGUUGAGGAAAGCCUAUCUCUUUGUCAGAAUUGUGAUUGGAUGGCGCAUAGUGGCUCUAAUUCUGGCUCUGUACAUAAGACACAACCGGUCAACUGCUAUUCAGGCUGCCCAUCUGCUGCUGAACUUUCCAAUAUCUGGUCUUUUCUCUUGGAUCUUCCUUCGGUUGUUGAUUCUACUUGUGAGCAGGGUAUAGGUUCAAUGACCAUCAAUGAUAAAAGUCAAGCAGACUUUGGAAAACCUACUAACAAUCAUCAAGAUCUAUGUAUUGAUGCAAGUGACUCAAAAAAUGUCAACUCAAACUUAUGGAAAGGUUCUAAAAUGGCUGAAAUUGACAAAAAGAGAGCUGAAGGAAACCAGCAAACUGAAUCAGCAAAACUCACACCAACAACGGUCGGUGGGACAAAAGAGCUAGAUUUAUGUGAAGAUGACGACUAUUACGAGGACUUCAAUAUGGAUGAGCUCGAACUGAAUAUUGAAAAAUAUGAAGAACUUUUUGGUGUUGGCCAUAACGAUCCCCAGCACCUUUUCAAUGAUGAUGGGAUUGAUAGUUUGUUUAAUAUGAAGAGAACUGGUGAUGAUUCCAACUGCCAGGAUGCAUAUGCAGCCGAGGGAUCUUUAAUUGGAUUGGAAAAUAUAGUGCAGCCUACGGGCAGCAAUGCUGAAUCUGCUGAUUCCAUGAUCAGCUGUAAGACUGAACCAAUUGCUUGCUUUGCUAGGCAAACCUCCAAUCUCUCAUUUUCGGGUCUUACAGGAGACAGCAGCACUGGUGGUGAAUACCAAGAUCGUGGAGCCUCUCCAAUGCUUGUUAUGGGAGAGCCACCACCUUGGUGUACUCCUGAAAGUUCCUUGGCUUCAAGUAGCAGGAGUAGUGCUGUCCAGCGUUACAAGGAUAAGAAGAAAACACGCAAAUUUGAAAAGAGAGUAAGGUAUGCAACAAGAAAGGCAAGAGCUGAUGUAAGAAAGCGUGUGAAAGGACGUUUUGUGAAGGCUGGUGAUGCUUUUGAUUAUGAUCCUUUGAGCCAAACUCGAAGCUUCUGAAACUGAUGUCCCUACUAUAAGUACGAGACAUGAAUGAUCAAUGUUGGCUUAGAAGACAUGUAAUAUUAGGUGGAAAUGCAUGAAAUUGAUCAUUAUCUAGGGAAUCUGGAAAAGUGGGCGUUUAGAAUUUUCGUUCAGAUUCAUGUAGAAAGGCCUUAAAUUAGUCAUAACCAGGAAAAAGAAGAGUUAUUUUGGCAUGUGGACUCUGUAAAGUUUGCAUGGUGAAACCUCUUCUCCAUACAGGAAACAGGGGAAAUGUCAGGGUCGAUGGAGUCUGUAAUCUUCUGGUGGCUCCAUGUUCAUAUGAACCCUACAUCCUACUUGUUGCAGAUCUAUGAACUAAUUGACUUGGUGUGACGAACAGCCAAUUCAGUUGUGAGGUCAGGCAUGAGAUUUUUUGUUCUGUCAAAUAUUGCUUUUCUUAUUAUCCAUUUUUGCAUGUCAUGUAUGCAGGAUCUGAUAAGGAUUCGAAAACAUGAUGAUCGAUACUGGCUAUGCAUUUGUAACUUUUUCCCUUUAGCUUGUCUUGUAUAGAACAUCCAUUAAGUGUGGAACAUUUUGCAUAUUGCAUUAUCUGCUUGAAAACAGAAUUAGGUUGUCAUGGAAGUUUAGAACUAGAUCUAUGUUUUCUGAAUUGGAGUUGAUUUUGAUACAAAGGAAAGUAAGCUACGAUACAGACUUACAGUGGAUUAAAUAAUUCAAGAUUCAUUUUAUUA